AUGUCACGAUCACGAAAAAUAUUGGACAUGCUUAUAGUCGAUGGAGAAAAGCCUGAGCUUAAUUCAUCAAUUUCUAAUAUUCCUGCUGUUUAUACAAAGAAAAGUGUAAAAACUGUUAUGAAUGUUGAUGACAACGGCAUGACACAACAAACAUCACCUUUGCCUUCCGGUGCAGAAGAAAUCAGUCAGAAACUAGCUGAUGUAUGGGAAGAAGUUCUGCAUGAAGAUGGUGGGCCCAAUGAAAUCACCUGCGACAGCUCAAUACUGAAUGUCAUGUCUGAUCCGUCUGCUAAUGAUGUUUACAGCAAUCAACCCAGUACGUUUUCCUUGGAAGUGCCUUCUAGUUUCGAAAAUUCACCAUUAAUACAGCUUGAUGAGCUGUUAGAAGUUUCUGACCACAGUUCUACCCCGGUUAAUUUAGAACUGUCGGUGCUUACUCCUAUGCCGUCUCCUACUAAUGUGCAUUCGAUCUGCGAUAGCACAUUUUGCCCUAAUCAUGUAGACAGUUCCUCUGUAAUUUCUUCGUUGUCAUUUAGCAACACGAAUUCACCUGCUACUUCGCACUCAAACGAUCGCACCGUGACUCCUAAAACGACUAGAAAACGACAGAGGUGCCCAAAAGAAUGGACAGACUUUAAACGCAAAUGUCUUAAGAACUUAGGUAGGAAAUAUGUAACGAAAAAGGGUAAAACCGUAGGCGAUAAAACGAUGGGGCCAUCAUGCAAAUGCCGUUACAAAUGCUCUAAUAAAAUAUCUCACCAACAGCGGUUGGACUGCUUCACAAAAUUUUGGCAACUGGGAGAUCGAGCUAUGCAGUGGAAUUUCAUUAUCAAAUAUUCGGAUAAAAUGAAGAAGAAAAGAUGUAUGAAUCAAGAUAUUCCUAAUAAUAGGAAACAUACUUUUAAGUAUUAUCUGCCGCUGAUUACAGGUUCUAGCGAAUCUCACUGUAAGAAAGCUGAAGUAUGCCAAACUAUGUUUAUUAAUACUCUCGCCGUUUCAACUCGUAUCUUAAAGACUGCGUGGAAGAAGUACGAUGGAAGUGCUAUUUUAGAGGAGGAUAGACGGGGUCGCCACGACAAUCAUAAGAUCGUUAUAGAUGACGCAAUGAAACAAAUAAGAUGGGCCAAGAAUAAUGGAGAACCCUAUGAUGUCCGCAACGUAACCCAGAAUGACGUGUUUGACUUUAAAUGUCUUGUAAAUAAUAAGGUUUGGAUGAAAGACAUUAAGGGCAAGAAGAUUAACUGGAGUAACAUUCGAGAAGUUCAUGCAGACGGUAGUGAUCCAAACAAAUUGUUUUUUAAAUACGACCUGUCUGAUUUUGAUUAUAAUAUUUUAUUGAUUCGCAGUAACACGAGAAACUCGGUACAAACUGAACUAAAACCUGCAUAUUCUGAGCCUAUUAUGGUUCCUGCUGCUAAAUAUAAAGACUUAAUGGAUAUGUGCCGCUCAGAAGUAAUUCCCUCAGAGUAUCAUCCAUACUUUAACUCUUUGCCACAUCACACCAACAUUGAUGAUUCUGAAGAAUCGGAUGAUAAUCUAUCGGAAUAA